AUGUAUGUCCGAAACAACAUCGCCAAUGGAAAUCUUAAGGCAAAGCAUUGGAAGCAUGUCAAGCUUGGUGUGUGUAGACCAAGUCUGGCUGAAGGAAGGAUGCCCAUACCGCGUGCUAUGGCAGUGAAAUGGAACCCUCCGGAACAUCCGUGGCUUAAACUUAAUACGGACGGUGCUUUUUCAGAAUCCACGGGGAGAGCCGGGGGUAGAGGUAUUAUCCGAGAUCACUCGGGGAGAUUGAUCGCAGCCUUCACUGCUCCGCUUGACGCACAUUCAACCUUGGAAGCCGAACUAUUGGCCAUGCAUCACGGUUUGUUGUUGGCCAGGGAGUUUGCCCAACCUAUUUGGGUCGAAUCGGAUGCUGCCCAAGCAAUUAGCCUUGCCAAAGGUUCAGGAUGGGGGCCAGCCCACUCCCGUCGAGCCAUGGCCCACCUGGCCUUGCAUAGAAGAUAUGGAGACUUCCGCAUUUCCUUCACCCUCCGAGAGGGGAAUAAAGCCGCCGAUCUUCUGGCCAAAAUGGGCUUGGAAAUUGAGGAACAGACAAGAUUUAACAACCAAACAACCCCAAGAUUGCUCAAAGCCAUUUUGAGAAUGCAAGAGAUGGGAAUACCAAACAUUCGUGUGUGCGAUGAGGAUCUCGUCGUGGAUUCGAUUCCCCGUUGA